UUAUUAUUGUCUGUUCUGUUCUGUUCCCUCUCACCACCUUCAAUCUCAUCUUUCUUCAAUUCCAUCUCUUUAUAUUUCAUGGGUUCCUUUUGUUUUCUUAUGCAAUCACUCUGACAUCAAAAAGUUUCAAUUUUUCUAACAUGGGUCUCUUUUCUUUUCUCUGUUUUUCAUAGCCUAAAUCACUUUUUUUUUUUUUUUGUCUUUGAGGUUGUAGGUUUGUGUCUGAUGUGUAUCUGGAGUGUCACUGUUAUUGAAUUUGGAUUGAAGAAUCUGUGAAGUGGGGUUUUUGUUUGGUGUUGCUUGUGUUGAAGAAUUUGUUGUGGUUGCAUCAUCUUUUGAUUUUUGUGGUUGGAGAUGUUGGGUUCAAAUACCAAUUUAGUGACAACUGUUAUUGGAUUUGGCAUGAGUGCCACUUUCAUUGUUUUUGUUUGCACAAGAAUUAUUUGUGGAAGGCUUAGAGGAGGUGUUGAAUCUAGGAUGAUGUAUGAGAUUGAAUCAAGAUUUGAUAUAGAACAGCCAGAACAUCAUGCUAAUGCCCCUGAAUCAAUUCUGAUUGAAGCAAUCCCAACUUUGAAGUUCAAUCAAGAGGCUUUCAGUUCCAUUGAAGAUACACAGUGUGUAAUAUGUUUGGCAGACUACAAAGAAAGAGAAGUCUUGCGGAUCAUGCCAAAAUGCGGCCACACUUUUCAUCUUUCAUGCAUUGAUAUAUGGCUGAGGAAACAAUCUACCUGUCCAGUGUGCCGUCUGCCGUUGAAAAACUCUUCCGAAACAAAACAUGUGAGACCUGUGACAUUCACCAUGAGCCAACCUCUUGACGAGUCGCACGCAUCCGAUAGGAAUGAAGAUAAUGAGAGGCGUGUCGAAACUACUUCAGUCAAUUCCAUACAGCCAACUUCUGAAGAAUCAGAGGCAAGGCAAUGAUGAUCUAAGAUGGCUAAUGGGAAAAGACUAGUGAUCAAUUUCUGCUUCUAUAGAAGAAUGCUUUUAAUUAGAUUGUAUUCAAAUUCUUUGUUUGUAUUAUGGCCUUCAUAUUCAGUUGGUGAUGUAAAAUAGGCCAUGCCAACUAUGGUUUCUGCAGCUGAGAUGUACAUAAAAUCUUUCCUUCUGUAGCAUAUGCAGGCCUGGAAUUUUUAUGGAAUCUAUUCCACACCAUGUUGAAGUUCUUUUGAUUAUAAAAUUUCUUUCUCUAGUACUC